CCGUCGAGACGCCGGGGGCGCCGCUGCGGCGUGCCGAUAGCGUCCUAUUGGCAGGUGCGCGCGGUAUUGGCACGGUGCAGUGCGUGUGUUCGCCGUGUUUGCGCGACUGUGCGCGUCAAGUGAGCCGGACGCAAACACCUGGCCGCGCCGCGGCGCAUUGUUGCGGCCAAAACAGACAGUGAAUGUGAAUUUUUUCGCGAGUGAUUCAGCGUUUCGUUCUACGUACAGUGUGUAAAGAGCAGCAAGUGCAAAGAGUGACGCCCAGAAGACCCCUGCAGUGAAAGUGCCACAAGGAAGGCGGUUUUUUGGAGGAUGCGGCAGUGAGCAGGGCCUCGCCAUGUCCUCCCUCUUGUCGCUGGGAGAGAGCUUCUGCGACGAGGACCCCCUCCUGGAGCCCAUCGCGGAGCACCUCGAGCAGGUGGCCCGAGUGCGCUCCAGGAUGCGGGCGGACCGGCGACGCCGCGGCUGGACCGUCAUCGUCGGCUCCGAAGGUGUCCGCUUUGAUGUGGAGAAUGGCGGCGGUCCCGGCCGAAGCCCCCUGGACGGGGUGGCCUCCUCACCCUCGGCAGGACUCGUCCUGCAGAACCUCCCUCAGCGGAGAGAGUCCUUCCUCUACCGCUCCGACUCGGACUUCGAGAUGUCACCGAAGUCCAUGUCGAGGAAUUCUUCCAUCGCCAGCGAGAGCCAUGGAGAAGACCUCAUCGUCACUCCCUUCGCCCAAAUCCUUGCCAGCCUUCGCAGCGUUCGGACCAACUUCCUCUGCCUCACCAAUGUACCGCCCGCAAAGUCGAGGCGGUCUUCGGGUGCGGCGGGGUCGGCCACACCCCAGCCUAGGGCCUUGCAGCCGGGAGAUGAAGCCUACCUGAAGCUUUCAAUCGAAACCAUGGAGGAGUUGGAUUGGUGCCUGGACCAGCUAGAAACCAUUCAGACACACAGAUCCGUCUCCGACAUGGCUUCGCUAAAGUUCAAGCGGAUGCUGAACAAGGAACUGAGCCACUUCUCCGAGUCGAGCAAAUCGGGCAACCAGAUUUCCGAGUACAUCUGCUCCACUUUCUUAGACAAGCAGCAGGAGCUGGACCUGCCGUCGCUGCGGAUCGAGGACACGACGGACAGCCGGCCCGCCAAGAAGAAGGAUGUCACCCGCACCACCAGCGGCACCAUGUCGCAGAUCCAGGGCGUCAAGCGCGCCCUGUGCCACACCAACUCGUUCACGGGGGAGCGGGUGCCCACGCACGGCGUGGAGACCGCCUUCGAGGAGGAGCUGGGACAGAGUCUGAGCCAAAUAGACACAUGGGGUAUCGACAUCUUCAGAAUCGCAGACGUAUCCGGCAACAGGCCGCUCACUGCGGUAGCCUACUCCGUGUUCUCGGCCCGCGACCUCCUCAAGACUUUCUCGAUACCUCCCAAGACUUUCGUCACCUUCAUGAUGACCUUGGAGGAUCACUACGUAAAGGAUAAUCCUUUCCACAACUCCACGCACGCGGCCGACGUGACCCAGUCAACAAACGUCUUGCUCAACACCCCCGCUCUAGAGUCGGUGUUCACCCCUCUGGAGAUCAUGGCAGCCCUCUUUGCGGCCACCAUCCACGACGUGGAUCACCCGGGUCUCACCAAUCAGUUCCUUAUCAACUCAAGCUCUGAGCUUGCACUCAUGUACAAUGACGAGUCUGUCCUAGAAAACCACCACUUGGCUGUAGCAUUUAAACUUCUUCAGAACGAAGGAUGUGACAUUUUCACAGGUCUAAGUCGCAAACAGAGACAAACUCUCCGAAAAAUGGUCAUAGAUAUGGUAUUAUCAACUGAUAUGUCAAAACACAUGAGUCUUUUGGCCGAUCUCAAAACCAUGGUUGAAACCAAAAAGGUGGCAGGGUCCGGGGUGCUGCUCUUAGAUAACUACACAGACCGGAUACAGGUCCUCGAAAACCUUGUCCACUGCGCCGAUCUGUCCAACCCCACCAAGCCACUGCCCCUGUACAAGCGGUGGGUCACCCUGCUCAUGGAGGAAUUCUUCCAGCAGGGUGACCGCGAGCGUGAACAGAACCUGGACAUCAGCCCUAUGUGCGAUAGGCAUUCGGCCACUAUCGAAAAGUCACAGGUUGGCUUUAUCGACUAUAUCGUACAUCCGCUGUGGGAAACUUGGGCUGACCUUGUGCAUCCUGAUGCCCAAGACAUUUUGGACAUGCUUGAGCAGAACAGGGAUUGGUAUCAGAGUAUGAUCCCACCCAGCCCUCCGUCCGGAGACAAGGAGGGCGGGUCUGGCGGGUCUGAGAGAGGCGAGGCAGACGACUGUGGUGGAGUGUCUCGCCAAGACCGAAUCCGCUUCCAGGUUACGUUGGAAGAAGGCGACGGCGACGAGGAGCAGGAGGAAGAGGCUGCCGGUGGCAGUCAAGGCAGCGACGACCCCCUGGAGGACCCCUCAGGGGACCCCUCGGGGGACCCCAGCAGCGCGGCAGGCAUGUGACGGAGAAUCGUGGGCCUGUGUAAGAAACUGCAUGAGAAGGUCCAGCUGUGGUGGCGCGCCUCCAAGUGAGCACCAUCGCCAAUGGCCAUCGCCAAUGGCCAUCGCCAAUGGCCAUCGCCAAUGGCCGUCCAAUGACGUCAUGGGGUGAGGAUGGACGGACACGGGGAACACGCUUGGCUUAUGCCACUUUGUUUCUGACAGGUCUUUACUUCGCGAUUAGGCAACUGGAAUUUUUCGAAAACAAAUCUCUAAAAAAUAGUGACUUUUCUUGACUUUCUGUACAUUUCAAGAUUUGAUUUUAUUCUUUGUGCUGACGAAUCGUUUGUGUACUGACGCUAGAUAUUAUUCUACGAAUGUGAUUCGCGGUCCCUGCCGUUUUGUGAUGUGUCCAGAAGAACUCUGUGUCUGUUGUCAGCUGAUCUUGGAAUCGAAUGAGCUAGUCAAAGAAAUAGCGUUAGUGUUUAUGAGAUGUGAGAGUCCCCGACUCACUAGUGUUAUUCUCCUCUACCUGUUUCUCUGUGGUCCUCUUCCCUCUACCUUUAUAGUGACCUGGCCUUGAAAAACAUUUGCAAUCUGAUUAGAAAUGAACAAAAGAUAUUGUUCUCUUUACGAACAAACCCUAUACAUAUUUGUUAAGUGUACCGAUUAGAGCAUCAAUCUAUGCUGAAGCAAUGGCAGUGAAUGGAGAUCUCGUGCGGAACUUAGAAUGUGUGCUUUAAUUAAGUUUUGGAACUCCUUGCCCAAAUAGAUGACGAUAAUAAUAUUGUUGCUUUGAUAGUACCGUACUGUUGGACGAUCAGGGUAGACACGAGAGUUUGGUUCUGAGUGGAGUGACCGACCCUCCUACACCCACAACUCUCCGAAGCGUCUCCAGUAUUUAUUCAAGUGGCUUUUUAUUAUUAUGGUUAUUGUCUUAUGGUUAUCAUUAUGGUUAUUACUACAAGAACUGCAAAAUUACAUCUUGCCAUUAUUUACAUGUGCAUAGCAUAUAUAUUUAUUAUACCUAAAAUAUAUGUUUUGUUAAGAAAUAACACAUGAAACAUAUCAAAUGUGGUUUUCCGCUCCUAGAAUGAAUACUCACUUUUUUUUUACAUUUGGAAAUGUAAAAACAGAACAAAGAAGCCACACACACCCCCUUUCUGAAACAAUUUGGCAAAUUAAAAAAAAUUGUCAAUAAAUUUACCAAAGUCCUUGUGUUUUAGAAAGCUUCAUUCAGUAGCAUGAGUGAGGAGUAAUAUGGUGAUGAAAGCAUAUGGUUAGUAUUUGCCGCAGAGUACAAUGCCUUGUUACAGCUGUAUGGAAAUUUGUGUAGUCUUUCAACGUGUCUUCAUGUAUGUGAUUUUGGAUCAAAACGGAUAUUAUUUUGUAAAGAGCACAUGAAACUUCCUUUGCAUUUUCUUUGUCUUUAAAUUGAUUGCACAACAUUUUGUGUACCUUUGAUUUUUUUUCAUAUUUAUCAGCCAAUGUUGUUUAAUAAUUUUAUUCUUUUCUUUUGUACUGUUGUCGAUUCAUUUGAUAAUUUAUUUAGUUUGUGAGUGAUGUACAGAGAACUGAUUAGUGUAUAGAGAUACUGGAUGCUGGCCGUCCGAUCUUUCUUGCUGACCGCAACAUGCGUGCGAGCCACCGUGAGCCACUUGUGAGCCUCCCCAGCAAUACAUCACAAUUGUUUUCUUUCUCAUCUUUUAUCAUGGUUCCAAAAACUUAUUUAUUAUUGUUUAUUUAUUUUUCUCUAUUUUUUCCUUUUCUCCCCUUCUGUUGAGUUGGGCAAGCCUUGUGAUAUUUUCUUACAUUUUGAAGUAGGUGUGCUGUUGGGGCUCAGUUGUGUGCUGUGUGUUGAAUAUGCCCGGCCACGGAGGGCCUCGUAUGAACUUUUGAAGUUAACGUUCAUGUAGAAUGACAGCCACUGUUUUUAACAAAAUGACUCCACACCUGUGAAGACUUAGACCCCACACGUUGACUUCAAUCUUUCAGUGUGACAUUCUGUAAAUUGGUCGGGCUUGAUGUUCUCCUGUCUUUUUUUUUUGUCUUUUUCGUUAUUUUUUUUGUUUCAUUAUUUUUAUAGUUUGCAUGCACCAUUGUUCCCACACCCUCAGUCCAUGAAAUGUGCUCUUAGCUUGCUGUGAGAAACGAAACAUCCUGUGAUCGGAACAUUAUGCUGAGAGUAAAAUAUAUUGUGUUGCGGAAUCAGAAUCAGAACGCUGGUCGUGUCUGGAUUUCUAAUUUUAAGUUAAGCUUAAUUAUUAAUUGAGGGAACCCUUACAAAAUAAAAACUGUGCCCUUUAAGUACAAGCAGGGUUCAACCUGCCACCCAACCCGUGGCGACAACUCAUAAGUCAUUUUGCCGUUGCCAAUAUAUACGAACAACUGUGUCAAUGUAGAUAUCAUCAAGCAUCAAUGCGAUGAGUCCACAGGUUUUCUUUGUAGAAUUUCUCUCAUCCUUGUUCCCUGACCUUACAGGGAUCAUCUCUAUGAAACCUGAUAUCUAUUUUUUAACUCUUUUGUUAAUACAUUUUGUCAUAUAAUGUAUAAAUCUACCUUGUAUGUAAUGUAUUAAGAUGAUCAUCAUUCUUAUUUCAUGGUUUUUCUGUUUCAUUAAGGGAUCAUCCACUGAUUUAACAGAACGCUUCGUGUUAACAAUUACUGUAUUAUUUCACUAGUUUGUAAUGAUGAUUGUACUAAUUCGUUAGCUCUGCUUGUUUGAGAAUGUUGAAAAGUGAAUCAUUUUAAUAUAUUCUGAUCUAUCCCUUCAAAACAGAGUCCCAAUGUGACAUUUCCUCAAACCUAACUACGCUGAGUUGUUUGUAUUUGCUCUUGUUUUACACAGUAAUAGUCCUGCUAAUGGAGGACGUUUGCCAAAAUGUAAAAAAAUAACAGCCAGUGGCCAUUGACAGAACUGUAUAGUCAGAAGAACUGUUUAAUUGCCAGCCUACUCCUUGGUGGUGCUUGCAAUCAAUGUGUUACAUAACUUGCCAUUUUCAAAGAAACCCCACCAAGAACUGAAUGGUCUAUAGUUAUUUACGUGGUUGGAAAACAUCAAAGUUGGCUUAACUGGCCUUCAUUGUUACAGUAGAACAAAGUGUGGUGUGAUAAAUAACCCUUUAAAACCCGCCGUAGUCAAAUGUAGUUAAAACACUUGCGUUGCAGUAGCUUAACUGUGUUAGGUAGGGGAUUAUUAAAAAGUGACAUAUGAGCUGAUUGAGUCUUACCUGAUUGCUUUUAAGUUGAGCGAGGCAAAGCAUCCUCUCUUCUUGUGAACGUACUGUUUGUGUCUUUUUCAUUGAUUUAAUUUUGCAUACUCCAUAACUAUUGAGUGUGUAUGUGACGUUUGUGUUGCCCUAUCCUGUGCUCGAUCUGCCGUACAUAAGAAAAAUAAACCCGUUCUUAAUGUAA